ACCUCUCCCUCUCUCAAAUUCCUCGAACGACAUUUCAUUACAAGUGCUCCGCUGGCCACCAUUAAGGUCACUAUUGUUGUGGCCGCCACGACGAACAUGAACCCGAACUCUUCAUCUAUCAUGGAACCCCAUAACAUCCACUCACCCUCCUUGAAGCAGAAGCUGAAGUCGAGCCUGAAGCUCCCGUCCUGCUUCGUGCCCCACAAUGAUGAGCCAUCCGUGCCCCCUGAGUAUGCGACCCCCAGGCUAGUCCGGACAACCUCAGGGAUGGGGUCUUCGAGGGCAGGGCAAGACCACAUUGCCCCGGAUUACCAUUUCAAGGAUAGGGCCAAGCAUUUCAUAUCAUCCCGCCUUGGUGGCGGGCCCCCGAGGCACCGAAGGAGGCACUCCUCUGCGGAUUUCCAUUAUGAUGCGGCGAGCUACUCAUUAAACUUUGAUGAUGGCGGGAUCCAUGAAGGGAACGAUUGCAGUCAUGACGAUGUCCCACCUUUGAGGAACUUCUCCUCCAGGCUGCCCGCCUCACCGCCGCCGAGAACAAUGCCAAUAAAAUCGCCACCCCCGAAAUCGCCACCAGGCAUGCAUCCGAGGGCUUUAUGCUUGUAGAAUGCUUAAUAAUUCGAUGAGCAUGAAUCAAAGAUUUUUAAUUAUCUAAUAUGAAUCAUAGAUUUUUAAUUAUCUAAUUUUCUCAAC